AUGGCCGGCUUCUUCUCACUAGACGGCGGAGCCGAAAUAAAUCCGGACGCCAGCUGGCUUCUUUUCCGGCAACAUCAAGAGAACCCAAACCCCGAGAGAGUCGGAUUCGAGCUCUGGCACCCAAACCCUAGCUACCAUGAGGAAGAAAGCAGGUUCCUCCUCCAGGAUCUGUACACGGUGGGUUCCGGCUACAAUCCGCCGGCGCCGGCGCCGGCGAGAGGGGGUUUGCUGAUGGUGAGGGGUGGGGUGAGCUGUCAGGACUGCGGGAACCAGGCGAAGAAGGACUGCGCUCACAUGAGGUGUCGAACCUGCUGCAAGAGCCGAGGGUUUGAUUGCCAGACUCACGUGAAGAGCACGUGGGUCCCGGCAGCCAAGAGGAGAGAGAAACAGCAACAACAAAUGGCCGUCUUACGGAUAGGCGGGAAAAGGCAUAGAGAUGAUGAUGGUGAUGAUGGUGGUGAAGGGGGUUCGAGUUCCCUUAUGUGCACGAAUGGGCCGCCAGGAAUGGAGGUCGGCAUUUUCCCACCGGAAGUGAGCUCGGAGGCCGUUUUCCGGUGGGUGAAGGUGGCGGGCAGCGGCGGGGACCACCACGCGUAUGAAGCGACAGUCAAUAUCUCCGGCCACAUUUUCAAGGGAAUUCUCUACAAUGAGGGAACCGAGAGCCAGUACGUGGCGGCAGCCAGAGAGAUCUCGUCCGGAAGUGCCACCGGAGGCGGCGGCGGAGGUGGCGGCUCAGCCUCACCUUUUCUUGACCCUUCUUGGUAUACCCAGCCGCCGAUCAACAGUCGUUUCCAGUGAGAAAAACGUUCAAAAAAAAUAAUAUUUAUAUAAAUAACAUAUAUAUAAGGA